GAGAAGACUGCUAACUGCCGAUAUGACUAUGUUGGCGUCUACGAUAACUCGUCCUACACAGAUACUGGCGGAUUGCUCGGGAGGUACUGUGGAUCCAGUCUCCCCCCGGCGAGUACUUCCAUCGAGAACACAAUGACGAUUACGUUCCAGACCGAUGGCAGUGUCGCUCACGAAGGAUUCAUGGCAACAUACAUCUCUCUCAAUUCAAGCCACUUGUGUGGUGGCCAGCUCAUGACACAGACAGGUGAAAUUACCAGCCCUAACUUCCCUGAUAAUUACCCUCAUCUGCGCGAGUGUAUCUGGACGAUUGUGAUACCUGAGGGCCACCAGAUCAUGCUGAAUGUGACAGACUUCCAAAUGGAGGAGCAUUCUCUUUGUAAAUAUGACUUCUUAGAAAUAAGAAAUGGUGGCUAUCCAUCGUCACCCUUGAUGGGCCAGUUCUGUGGCACCAGCAUCCCCCAAACCUUCGUCUCCCAGAGCAACAGGAUGUUCCUCAAGUUUAAAACGGACAGCUCGGAUUCUGGCAAAGGGUUCAAGAUUUUCUAUGAUGGAAGAGCUUCAGGUUGUGGAGCAGACCUCACCUCCUCAAGUGGUUCGUUCAUUUCUCCCAACUUCCCCCUGCCGUAUGGCCACCAAGCAGAGUGUUUCUGGACGAUAACAGUCUCAGAAGGCAGCACUGUCAUGCUGUUAUUUGCCGAGUUUGACUUGGAACAUGGCACUGAAUGCAGAUAUGACUAUCUUGAGAUUCGUGACCGCGAUCGUAAUGGCCAAGUUCUGGCCAAGCUCUGUAGCAGUGUCAUUCCACAGCCGGUCAAUUCAAAAACAAACCGUAUCUGGGUCAAGUUCAAGACGGAUUAUUCGAGUCAUGGACGAGGCUUCCAUGCUGUGUACCACUCAAAUUGCGAAGUGACCUUGACCAGUGUGUCGGGCGUUAUCGAGAGUCCAAACUUCCCAGAGGUCUACCCGGGAAAACGGAGUUGUGCUUGGAAGCUCCAGUCAACGAUAGGGAACACGCUCAAUGUGUCAUUCUCACAUUUUGAUCUGGAGGAGACGUCGCAAUGUACAAGUGAUUAUUUACAAGUGUUUGACGGAACUGACACAAGAGCAAACUCUCUUGGAAAGUUUUGUGGCAACCAGCUGCCUCCCAACAUGGCCUCAACCAACCGCUACUUCCUAAUCAAGUUCAUAUCGGACUACUCGCUUGCUGGGACGGGCUUCCGACUGGAAUGGCUGACAGAUGGAUGUGGUGCUAAUUUGAGAGGUAGGACGGGGACGUUCCAGACACCAAACUACCCCAACCCUUACCCUGUUUACAAGGAAUGCAUCUGGACCAUUGAGGUUGAUCCUGGGCAACGUGUUGAGUUGACAUUUGAAGACUUGGACAUAGCAACCACUGCAGACUGCCAAUCAGGCAGUGUCGAGGUGUUUGGUGGACCUGACCAGUUGGCACCAAGCUUGACGAAGCUGUGUCACACAACGACGAAAGCACAGAAGGUAACAAGUACAGGGAAUAACAUUUUUGUACGAUUCUUUGUCCAGUCAGGGAACAACGGCCGUGGAUUUAAGGCCAGCUACAAAGGAAUCGUUGGUGGUUGUGGCGGUAAUUUCACCACCAUAAGUGGUACCCUGCUAUCGCCCAACUACCCCGGCGAUUACCCACACAAUACAGAUUGCUCUUGGAUGAUCACCGUCAAAGAAAACGCAAACAUUGAGAUGGUCGUUGAAGAUUUUGCUAUGGAAGUGACAUCUUCAGGAUCGGAACAAUGCAAAUAUGACUUUGUGGCUUUUUACGAUGGACCGGAUCAAAACUCACGCCUUGUCCAGAAGUUGUGUGGCACGAACAUCUCUGAAAACUCCAGUGUGAUCACCCACGGCAACCAAUUGUAUAUCAGAAUGAGGUCUGAUAGCUCAGUGACGGACAAGGGAUUCAAAGCUGUGUACACGACAGGAUGUGGAGGGAUGCGGGAUGCAAGUACGGACGGUGCCAUCACCUCCCCUAACUAUCCUGAGGCAUACACACAGAAUAAGAACUGCACAUGGGUCAUACAGUCACCAAGAUCUGGUGACCGAGUGACCUUGACCUUUACCUAUAUGGACAUUAAGCAGUCGGAGGACUGUACGUCAGAUCACGUUGAGGUUCACGAGGGCGAUGACGAAUAUUCGCCUCUGAUUGGUUCAUACUGUGGUCAACGGGUUCCACCCUCUUUCACCAGUCGUGGUUCGGCACUCACUGUGGCAUUCUUCUCUGUUGAUAAGGUUAGCCAUGUGACACAUGGUCAUGGAUUCCGGGCAGUUUACACAUCAGCAGCCGGCGCUUGUGGGGGUGAUCUGACAUCACAACAUGGUGCCUUUGUCAGCCCAGAAUACGGCGUCAGCUACCCUCUUAAUCGGGAAUGUAUCUGGACAAUCGGAGGUCCCCCUGGUAGUAGGGUACAGAUAUCGGCAAGAGACUUUAAUAUCCCAUCCACGGCUGAUUGUGACGAUGAUUUCUUGGACGUCCGUGAUGGCGGUGAUUCAAGCAGAAAAAGAUGGCGGUUCUGUGGCACCGAUAUCCCGGCGAAUAUGAGUUUUACGAGUAACAAGUUGUGGGUGAGGUUUCGAUCGUCCGGAUCUGUCCCGUCAGGGCAGACACACACAGGAUUCUAUUUCUACUACAGUCUCGUGUAUGGUGGCGAGGUAACUGGCGAAUCGGGAAAAAUAGCAUCUCCAAACUACCCUAAACUGUACCCAAACAAGUUAGAUGUCGAAUGGACCAUUACUGUUGCAGUUGGGAAACGCAUUCGGAUUGUCUUGGAAAACAUCGACCUGGAAAGUAAUACUCGGUGUUUCUUUGAUUAUUUAACGUUCAGAGACGGUGGCACCAGCGAAGCCCCCACUAUCAACAGCUUCUGUGGAGCUGAGGUGCAGCCGCCCUUUCUUUCGACAGGGAAUCAACUUAAUAUCAAGUUCCAUUCGGAUUGGAAUCGAGAAGGCCAUGGCUUCCUGUUCCGCUGGGAAGCAACCGAUGAGGGGACUGUACGGACAACGGGUAGCCCUGGAAAUCCGAGUAGCAUGAAUGUCACCUGUGGUGAGACGCUGUUGGCCAGCGCUCGUGUCCAGAACCUCAGCUCACCCGGUUACCCUAGUAACUACGCAAACAGUAUAAACUGUGUCUGGAAGAUCGAGGCAGACGAGGGUAGUAAAGUUUGGGUGAAUGUCACUCAAGUUGGUAUUGAGGGGCGUACACCAUCAUGCUUCUAUGACAAACUUGAGUUCUAUGAUGGUGAUGGCUUGGAGAGUCCCAAGCUCACCUCACUGUGUGGCCGUAAAAUCAGCGGUGAUGCAGUCAUAUCAACCUCUACGGUCAUGACGGUCCGUUUCUACACCGAUGUCGGCCUGAAUGAUAUCGGCUUCAUGGCAGACGUCCGGACAACAUGUGGCGGAUUAAUGACAUCUCCUGUCGGAGUAAUUAAAUCACUGGACUUUCCGAGCCCAUAUGGAAAGAAUCAGAACUGCACAUGGACGAUCCAGGUCACAAAUGGACGCAAGUUGGCGCUGUCGUUUUCGAAUUUUAAUAUCCGUAGUACAACUGGUUGUAGUGAGGACUAUUUGCAGCUUACAGAUGGUGCAUUCACAGACUCGCCGUAUCUAGGAAACGCCACCAAUGGACGAUACUGCGGCAGUACAACACCAAGUCUUCCUGAGAAAUCCAGAAGCAACAGCCUCAUCCUUAAUUUCAUUACAUCGCCAACAUCCCCUGGUGGCCCAGGAUUUAGUCUAACAUAUCGCGAGGUCCUGAUCACGUGUGGUGGCCGCCUUACACUAACCAACGACGUUCAGUCAGGGACAUUCAUGUCGCACGGUUAUCCCAUGGCUUAUCCGGCAAAUAUUGAUUGUAUUUGGAUCAUUACGGCGCCAUCUAGCGAUGGUGUCCAGGUUGAUUUUGAUCAGGAUUUUGAUAUUGAGAAACACAGAGACUGUAAAUUCGACGGCAUCGAGAUCAGGGAUGGCGGAACUGAAAACGCUCCUGUGCUUGGUCGAUAUUGUGGCAGCGAAUCUCCGGGAACUAUAAAGUCAUCUGGGAACGUUCUGUACAUUCGGUUCACAACAGAUGACAGUAUACCGAGGAAAGGAUUCAAGGCAGUUUAUAAGAUUGCAACCUGUGGUGGCACAAUCCGUGGAAAAGACGGUUUCAUCAGCAGUCCCAACUUCCCCCAUACAUAUCCUAGCAACAUGGAGUGCGAGUGGCACAUCUCUGGACUGACCGGCCAUUAUUUGACCUUGACCUUUACCAACUUUGAAAUCGACAGCAGCGACAACUGUACGAAGGAUUUUGUUGAAGUUCGUGAAUACAAUGCUACUGGCCGACUCUUUGGAAAGUAUUGUGGCAUGACCGUCCCAACCUUAGGGGACACUUCAGACAGCUAUGCAUACAUUAAGUUUAAAUCGGACAACACGGUCGGCAAAAAUGGUUUCAAGCUCAAGUUUGAGUCUGGCAUUUCAGAAUGUGGAGGAGAGCUUGUAACACCGUCAGGUGUCAUCGCUACCCCCAACUAUCCUGGCCUCUACCCACAUAUGAGAGUAUGUACGUGGAACAUCAAGGUGCAACAAGGUCGGCGAGUAACCUUGACCUUUGAUGACUUCAAAUUGGAAGAGGGUGGUAACUGUUAUUUUGAUCAUGUCAGGGUCAACAAUGGAAUCAUAGCAGAGGCACCAACCAUCGCCAAACUCUGCGGAAGCGAAACUCCGGAUGUGAUAGAGUCGUCGGCAAAUGCCAUGGCGGUCAUCUUCAAGACGGAUGGCUCUGUGUCUAAUGGUGGAUUCAGGGCCACUUACAAGUCAGAUAACCCAGCGCGGUGUGGAGGGGAGGUGAGCGGCCAGUACGGUAGCAUAAUAACAUCGCCGAACUACGACCUUGGCUAUUAUAACCACAGUGAGCUGUGCAUCUGGACAAUAACCAAUCAGAAUCAAGCUAACUCCUCCAUCAGUUUGCAGUUUAUGGACUUUGAGAUGGAGAGUCAUUGGGCGUGUGCUUUUGAUUACUUGAAAAUUGUGGAAACAACCAAUCAAGAAGACCGCCUCGUUGACCGCCUGUGUGGGAAUAGGACUCAGCUGCCAUUAGUGUCUCCGAGCCCGAAACUCACUCUGAUAUUCAGAACUGAUUCGAGUCUCUCUAUGGUUGGAUUCAAACUCGCUUGGAGGAUUCAAAGAUGUGGAGGCCUCCGCACUACAGACUUGGGAAGCAUUACCAGUCCUAAUUACCCAAGGGCAUACGACGAUAACGAUUUCUGUGCGUGGGAGAUAUUGGCCCCUGAAGGAUAUCAGAUCAAAAUAAGCUUCCAAGACAUGGAAAUUGAAGGGCAUAGCAAAUGCGCCGCAGACUUUUUGAAAAUCUUAAAUGGUGGAUCUGCAACAUCGCCCUCUAUUGGCAAGUUCUGUGGCAGUGACACGCCAAAGGAUUUCACAUCUCAAAGUAACCAGCUGCGUUUGGAGUUCCAUACUGACUACAGUCGAACUGCUAAAGGAUUCAAGUUACAGUACAGUUUUGUCUCGGGAGGUUGUGGUGGAGUGCUGCAUUCUCUAAAUGGAUCCCUUGUAAAACCAUCGGGAAGUGGCCUGACGCCUCAGACAGAAUGUAUCUGGGACAUCACGGUGCCUUAUGGGUUCCAUGUUAAACUCCAGUUCACCACUAUGAAAUUUGAUUGCUCCAAGAAGGAGGAAUUUGUCAUGGUACAAGACAUCGGCAAGAGAGGCCGCACCAUAUCAGACAAGACAUUCUGCGUUCGAGACGGCGAUGUCCUUCCCGAUGAAUACGCCAGCAAGACGAACAAGUUGCGUGUUCGUUACAGAACGCCAAACAUCCAAUCACGAAAUACUUUUGCUUUGAAUUGGAGUGUGGGUUGCGGUUACUUGCUGACUGAAGCACAGGGAAUAGUCAUGUCUCCGAUGCAUCCCCGUAGCUACCCUGGUGGACUCGAUUGUAACUACACUAUAAGCGUUGAUCCACAGAAGUUUAUUUUACUUGAGUUUGAUGACGACCAAUUUGGUAUCGAACGAGCGCAGAUUGCCACAAACAACUCUGAGACGAUGAUUGAUAACAUUGCCUGCAAAUUUGAUUACGUUGCCAUUUACGAUGGCUUCAAUGAAACAGAUGCAAAGCUUAUCGGGAAAUUCUGUGGCAACAAGGCACCACAGCCGAUGAGUACGCGGGCUAAUAUGAUUGUCCGGUUCAAGUCAGAUGCCACGGUUGGAGAUGUUGGUUUCUUGGCUAAUUAUCGGGCGUCAAAAUGUGGCGGUGUUUACUCUGCCGGCUAUGGGCAGAUCCAGACACCUCAGCAUCCCGUUCAAUACCACAAGUCGGCCAACUGCUCCUGGUUGAUCACCGUCCAAGAGAACAGAGCCGUCGAACUCAAAUUCAAUGUGUUCGACAUUGAACUUCAUAGCGCCUGUUCUUUCGAUUACGUCGAAGUCUUUGACGGCAACACGACAGCUGCGCCCUCUCUAGGGCGUUUCUGUGGUAAAGUGGCACCUGCCUCCUUACGGACUACUGGAAAUGAGAUGCUUGUUAUUUUCAAGUCGGAUCACUCUGUACAACUUGGUGGGUUCACAGCAGCCUUCAAGACAACCUUCGGCACCAAGCAGGGCUGUGGAGGCACCCUUAAUGGCGCCACUGGCCGCAUCUCAUCCAUCGACAUCGACUACGAUGGUCGCUAUGAGACUGAUCAGGACUGUAUCUGGCAGAUUAUGGCAGAUACUGGAAAAGUGAUCAAGUUAUCGUUCAGCGUAUUUGACACUGAAGGCCCUAUGGCAGAUAUCUGUCGGUAUGACUUUGUGGAGAUCAGGGAUGGCUAUACAUUUGAGAGUCCGCUAGCUGGUCGUUUCUGUGGUGAUCAAGUGCCCCAACCUUUUACCGCAUCGUCUAAUCGGCUCUACCUCAGAUUCAAGUCGGACAGCUCUGAUAACAGACGAGGGUUCAAUGCAUCCUGGGUACAAGAGGACGCACGCUGCGGUGGAUUCUUCAACUUAACCAAAGCUGGGCCUUUCAAGAUCUCGUCACCUAACUACCCCCAACCCUACCCGCAUGGCUUAAGAUGUCGAUGGAUUGUGGAGGCUCCAAUCGGGAAACACAUCAUGGUCAACAUGACCGACUUCAAUAUCAAGUGUGGUUAUUCUCAGACACUAGAAGUGAGGGAUAUGCCUUUGGGUAUCAAUGGCAAGAACAUCUAUUUCUGCCGGCCAGAGACGCCCCGCGUGUUCUAUUCCUUGAACAAUUCGAUCGAGAUUGAUCUGUCGACCGAUCAGACAUCUUCUGGGAAAGGUUUUAAUCUGACCUAUGAAAUAACAACAUGUAAUCGAACAUACUUCGGUAACAAUGGUCACAUCUACAGCCCUGGUUGGCCUGGUAAUUAUGAUCGCAAUGCCAAUUGUACGAUGUUCAUCCAAGCUCCCCCUGGCCAUAAAAUUUCUGUUUUCUUCAAUACGUUUGCUGUGGAAAUGCACUCGAAAUGCAAAUAUGAUUACUUGGCGUUUGAGAAUCCAGCUAUCAAUGACAAUACAACCUUACUUCGGCAAUAUUGUGGCUUCCUUCUGCCUGAUCCGUUGUUUACGGAUUUGAAUCACCUUCGUCUCCAGUUCCGGUCAGAUCCUUCCCUUUCGGGCUCUGGCUUCGAUAUCAACUACAUCACAUCUCCUACAGCAGGUUGUGGUGGCAAUCUGACGUCCUCCAACGGAAGUUUCACCAGCCCUGGUUACCCGGGUAACGACACUGAUGCCAGCGACUGCGUAUGGUUGCUUCAUGCUCCUGUCAACACAAGAGAUAGUGGGCACCUCGAGUUGACAUUCCUGGAUUUCAACAUGGGUGGCUCCCAGGGAACAUGUGGUAAUAAUUACAUCGAGGUCAGGACUGGUUUAUCGGUAGCUGCGCCUAUAUUUGGCAAAUAUUGUGGAGUGGAGAAACCGUCCAAACUAAUCCUUGAAGACGAUGGGUACAUCCGAUACAAGUCUGAUGGGAAAACGCAAGGAACUGGGUUCAGACUCGCUUUCAACUACGUGAAGGGGCGAUCCAGUCCCUGAAGAAUGCAGAAGUCAGAAACUAGACUGUAGCGAAUAACACAAUAUGGUAUUUUCUGAGUCAUUUUCAUUAGCAUGCUGGUGAUCGUCAUCUGCCUCGAGAAUUCCAUUGUAAUGCUUGUUUGUUUUGAAGUGGUUUAGAACGUAAAUAGUGAGGUUUCUAUCAUGCUGGUUGUAGUGGUGCUAACUGAUUCCAGGUGGUCUUUAAACAAGGAAGAAGCAGUGUCUUGUUACGGAAUACAGGAAACAGAAUGAGCACCUGGUCACAAUCUGUUCUCUGGAGAUAUCAUAGCCAGUUACAAACUCAUAUCUACUUAGCCGGAGAGAAAUCUUACUGUUGCUCAUACCUGAUGUAUAUAUGAUAUAAUUAGCAAAGUGAUGAUUACUUUCUAAUUAGUUCAGUUUUGAAAUGGGGUUUUCCUACUUUCUUCAGUAGUCAUAUGUAACGGGCAAUCUUUUAGUUGUCUAGCAAAACUUUGGCACUAAUUAGUUUUGGUGACCUUGCACUUCAUCUGUUGUACAUAUUCAAUGUCCUCCUAGGUUAGGUACCGAAAUAUAUCAGUCUUGGUGAGUGGAAUCCAGUUUACUAAAUUGGAACUUGUAGACAAAAAUAGUUUAGAUGCGCAUCUAUUUUUGGUAGAAACAAUAUAUUUUGUAUACAAUAGAAAUUAUUUUCUCUAGAUUUUAUAAAACAUUCUAUUUUUGUAUCUACCCGGUAUGAUAAAUUUAGAAAAUGACCAAUUAAAGGAUAAGUCCUGUGAAUAUUUUAUAUAAGAAUACUGUAAAUCCAUCUCUUGCUGUAAAUGGUCUUUGAAUCAUACGACUUGUAUUUAACAUUUACUGCUUGUGAAUGGUAUCAUACUGUAAACUUGUUCAGGAGCCAUCCCAACUUAAAUGUCGGGCAUUUACUACUUGUGAAUGGUAUCUUACUGUAAACUCGUUCAGGAGCCAUCCCAACUUAAAUGUCAGACAUUUACUACUUGUGAAUGGUAUCUUACUGUAAACUCGUUCAGGAGCCAUCCCAACUUAAAUGUCAGACAUUAAAUACUACUUGUGAAUGGUAUCUUACUGUAAACUCAGUCCGUAGCCAUACCAACUCAAAUGUACCAAGUGGACAGUCUUGAUGGCUCCACUCUGACUUUACAGUACUAUUUAAUGUUGCCCAAACUUCCUUAGUGACACCAAGCCAAUUCCAAGAUGACAUUGUUGGCAAGCUUUUUCUAUGUUUGGGAUUAAUCCUUCAUAUCAUAAGUACAUGUAUCAGGUUUUUGAGAAUAAAGGGAAGUCAAUCAUAGUAA